AUUUUUUUCUCUUUUUUUUCUUCUUCUUCUUCUCCGGCUGCAGAGGGGGACUCACAGCUAAUCUUUCCUUCUUCCUCACCAUGUCCUGUAAACGCGAGCAGUGAGCCUCUUUGAGCCAAAUGUUGCUGGGACUGGGCCGCUCCGAACACGCGUGGGUCACGCUGCGCACCUGCCGCGCUCUCCCGCAGACUCCCGAGUCCAGGCUGUAACAGGAGGGGGGGGAAAAAAACUUAGCAUCUCUCCCGUGAAGUUGUCCACCCGCGGCAGCCGGCAGGAGUGUUCCCAAAAACGCUACCAAUUAUUGGUCAUUCUUUCUUCUUUUUUUUUUUUCUUUUACUUUUUCAAAGCUGCAUCACCGGGUCGAAACGGCGACUUCAGUCGAUUACCUUUCUUUCCUUUGCUAUCCAAUGGAUAUUCACUGCAAAGCAGACCCCUUCUCAGCGAUGCACCGGCACGGCGGUGUGAACCAGCUCGGCGGGGUGUUUGUGAACGGCAGACCCCUCCCGGACGUGGUGAGGCAGAGGAUCGUGGAGCUGGCCCACCAGGGCGUCCGGCCCUGCGAUAUCUCCAGACAGCUACGGGUCAGUCACGGCUGUGUCAGCAAAAUCCUCGGCAGGUACUAUGAAACCGGCAGUAUUAAACCCGGAGUCAUUGGUGGCUCCAAACCAAAGGUGGCAACUCCGAAAGUGGUGGAAAAAAUUGCAGAGUACAAGCGCCAGAACCCCACCAUGUUUGCUUGGGAGAUCAGGGACCGACUCCUGGCUGAAGGCGUGUGCGAUAACGACACAGUUCCGAGCGUUUCAUCCAUCAACAGGAUUAUCCGUACCAAAGUCCAGCAGCAGUUCCACCCGUCCCCUGAUGGAUCAGUCACACCGCUCUCCACGCCCGGCCAUACCAUCGUGCCCAGCACAGCAUCCCCGCCCGUGACCAGUGCCUCCAACGAUCCGGUUGGAUCCUACUCCAUCAACGGCAUUCUGGGUAUCCCCCGCUCCAACGGCGAAAAGAGGAAACGAGACGAUGUUCUCUGGAGUGGCAACCACUUGGAUGGAAGGAAAAUAGGACAUUACGGCUCAGAUGGCUCAGGACCAGGCAGCGAUUCUCAGGGCAGUGUGGAAAGUUUAAGGAAGCACCUGCGAGCAGACGCCUUCACCCAGCAACAGCUCGAGGCCCUGGACCGUGUGUUUGAAAGGCCAUCGUACCCUGAUGUCUUCCCCACCUCAGAACACAUUAAACCCGAACAGGCGAACGAGUACUCCCUCCCGUCUCUGAACGCUGGCCUGGAGGAUGUGAAGCCGAGCCUCUCCACCAGCGCCAGCUCUGACCUCGCCUCCAGUGUGUCCCAGAGCUACUCUGUUGUGACAGGUCGAGACAUGGCCAGUACCACCCUACCUGGCUACCCACCUCAUGUUCCCCCGACAGGACAAGGCAGCUACCCCACCUCCACGCUUGCUGGAAUGGUUCCUGGAGGAGACUUUUCUGGAAAUCCUUACUCUCAUCCGCAAUACACAACUUACAACGAGGCUUGGCGGUUCAGUAAUCCAGCAUUACUAAGUUCCCCUUAUUAUUAUAGUGCCGCAUCCCGUGGCUCCGCACCUCCCACUGCUGCCACUGCCUACGACCGCCACUAGUUACCCCGGGGACCACCUCAAACUGCAGGGCCAGAGCUUCGGCCUCCAUAUUGUCCCUGUCUGAGAAAAAGUCAAAGGGAAGCAAGGAGGAAUCCCACAUGAAACCCCAUCAUCUUAUGUGAUGUGGAGGAAGGAUGGACGAGGUCGACACCGGUGUACCCAGUGUCAGCGUUCAAACUUUGGGGCAAACAUGGGCCCAUGGGCAUUUGGAGCUCACCUGUCACGCCCUCACUCUCUCACAGGCCUGAACAUUUCCAGAAUGACUUUAAGAGAUUAUAUAAAUAUAUAUAUAUUAUGAAAUAUAAAUUGAAGAAAAACAGUGUGAAGAAUACCAUGUGGAAAAUUGUUGUGGGUUUUUAAUUUUCUUUCUCUGUUGCUGUUGUUGUUGUUGUUAUUUUAUUCAUGGAUCCUCACAUUCCUUUAUGUAAUGAACUGCAGUAUUUUUCUGCUCUUAAGAGAGAAGUCCAGGAGAGAUAAUGAUGGGCCCACAGCAUGGUAAUGUAGCAACAAAAAACUGUGUUGUUGGCCAUCCUCUGAUAGUAAAUUAAAAUGCUAGUUCGACACUGUAAAAUUGGCUUUACUCUGGUGCUUUGUAUACAUCUUCUGCUCCCAUUUGUCCUCUCCUAUCAGAAAAAUACAGCAUGAGAGGAAACGUUUACCGACCGACGGCAACAUCACACUCCCUAUGGCAAACAAUCAGAUGUAAAAAUGUAAAUCAUUUUGCAAAGUAUUAAAAUGCGGUGAGCACAACUUUACAAGGUCUCACUAGAAAUUUCAAUACUUUAAAUUAUUUUUUCUGUCACACUUUUUCUAAUAUAAAUGAAAGUUAUCAAAGAUUUUUCAGAAUUGCUGUCACAUUUCCUCAUUGUUCUGUCUCUUUUUUGCACUAACACCUCAGCUUUUUUUUCCUUCAUCUUUUUUUAUUUGAUUUGGUACAUUCACUUAAAAGUAAGUUCAAUUCAAAGGCAUAGGAACAAAAUGAUGUUACAUCUGUGUAAACCACCUGAGCAAACAAACAAUUAUGAACCAAGCUUCUCCAGACACUGUAAUUCAUGGUGACAUGAAUGAGACAUGUAUGGUGACAUGAACACACCUUUUCAAUCCAAUUGUAUUUAUUCAGCUACUUAGUCAUACCACUAGAUGCCUACGCAGUUUAGUAAGCUCUACGCAGUUGUGCAAACUAACUGUAAAAUAGCUUCAACAAUUGCCUUAUGAAUCUGUUUUGUUAACCUAAAUUCAUAUCUGUUCAAUAAAAUUAAUUGCCUUUAAGAAUACAUUCAUUUCCCUCCAUGAGGCCUUUUUCUACCAUCUGCAGCAGCUGAAGGAAACACACAUUCAUUUUGCGUUUUGGAAAAUAUUUUGUGAAUGUACACCUUACCUACAUUUGCCAAAGACUUAGUUUGAUAUUUAAUAUUUUAUUUACAGUUUAUGUGUGCAUAAUUAAAACAGUAUUACCUUUUAAAUAAGUCAACAUUGAACGUGUAUGUCUGAACUCAACAGGAGAACAACGUGAUGCAUAUGUAACGAAAAAGGUGAACUUCAGUAGAUCCAUAUUCUAACUACUGCAACAAAGUGCUGCUUUAUAGAAUGAUUUGUGUAUAAUGUGAAGACAAUUCUUCUCUGUAAAUAUAAUGUCACCCACAUGCACCAUUGCAGUAUCAUACUAAUGUACUGGCUCCCUGUGUAGAUAAACAGAUUGAAAAAAAACAUGCAUUACAUUUGUGUCUUAAUGUAAUGUUGUGCUUUGAGGACAAGCACAACUGCUGUAUAACCUAUGGCUAUUUCAAUAGCAGGUUUAAAAUGCUAACACCACAUAGGUUGUCUUUGUCAUUUUGUUUUAUUUUCAUGAUAUUGUCAUGAUGAUGUUUUAUGUCACUAUGCAAUGAGUUUAAUGGCUUUCUGUCAUGUUUUGUUGUUGGGCUCAGAAAAAACUAUUCCAGAGAGAACUGCAUAAAGGUUUGAAAAAGAAAUCCUCCAGUAUGAAACUUUUUCACUUUUAUUCCACAAUUUCCCUCAAAUGCAGAUAAAAAUGAAAGUCUUUGACAACAUCAAAAACGUUUGUCUUGUUUGAUGCUUGUUUGGUCAUUUAAUUUGCUGAGUUGUGCCUCCAUAUUCGGAAACAAAGUAUUCCCAGCCACUUCUGACUCCUCCUUUCCUCUGUUCUGUUUAGCAUAAGGUAACCAAUAUUAAGUUUUCACUUAUUUUGCACAUGUUAAUCCAUCAUAUACAGUACCAGGAGUGUGUGUGUUUGUUAAGGACACCCCAAAAAACGGAGACAGAGAAGAAGCUAUUCUCUGGGAAUUGCACUUGGGUUUUGUCUAUUCCUGUCUGUCUGCAGCUCGACAUAUGUAAAAAUUAAAUGAGGCACCGCACACAGUGCGAGCAGUCAGCCAAGUCUUUGCUUUAGGAAGUGGGGCACCUCUAUUGGACUGAGUUUUCUGCUGUUGUAAAGAUGAUACAGGAGAUGUGUCAUGGACAUAAAAAGGAUUUCUGAUGAAAAUCUAUAAGGAAAGCCUCGUGGACUCAAUCAUUGUUCUGUUUCAGUUCGGUUCCAAUUCUUUUUUGUGCACAU